GGCAAGCCUCGUGUUGCCUCGUGUACUGAUAGAAGCCUGCCUCAUGGACGCUAUCUCUGACUCGAUAGAUAAGCAGAUUAGAACCCAGCUUCAAGCUGAGCUUAGACACGAUAGAGUAGCCUUAUAUAAGGUCGACGAUUAAAGUAGAUGUUCCUUACUUUAAUCUUACUUGGUUUUCUCUUGAACUUCCUUGUCCUGCAUAAAGCUACCUUGCUUGACAUCGACCGUACCUUUGGGAGCUUGUCCUCGACAUCGAACCUUCCAUCUGUAACCGCUAUCAUCGCCCCACAAGGCGUACGCAACUUCUGCUCUUCUGUGGAAGCCGACAGAACUCAGCAUCCUGAAAGCCGUCUUCUCGGCCUUUGCUGUUUAGCCCAUCCAAGUACGAACACGACCUAGUGUCGUAACACAUGGUAGGGUUAAAGAUGACAGAAGACAUUGUGGUAUAGAUGCAAGAAGAUUAUCACGAGUGGCGAU